CACUUCAAUUUUCUUGCUACCCUUUUCGUUCUGUAAAUUCUUUCUUUUUCUAAACCAAGUUGUCAAUUCGUUUUCUUUCUGAAAACCCUAAAAGACUUUAUUGAGUUUGAUCUUUUCUCAAAAGAUUGAGUGAUUCUUGCUUUAUGUAUGGCAUAUGUCAUCCAUCACAAUGAUCCGACCGGGAGAGCUGCUCUUGUUCCGAAUUAUUCGUCACUGAAUAUCAUAAACCCUAAUUUCGUACAUAAUCAUCACCCUCAACUGUUGUAUCCGGUGCGAUUUGCUUUGCAUCCCGCUGUCGUCGCUCAGAUUGAACUGGCUAGAUCAAUCACUCUUCAACAGCUUAUUAUCGAUGAGGGUCUUGUGCCUUCUCAAGAAGAGGAACAGAGGAGGAACAAUGUUAUUCGAAGACUUAGAGAGAUUGUGAUGAAAUGGAUUAAGAACGUAGCUUACUUACGCAGGCUGCCAGAAAAUCAUAUUAGAGCUGCCUCUGCAACUAUAUUAACAUAUGGAUCAUACGGACUUGGUGUUCAUAAUGCAGAAUCCGAUAUUGAUGCUCUUUGUGUUGGCCCUUGGUUUGCCUCUUUAACAGAGGAUUUUUUCAUAGUUUUACACAACAUGCUUGCAAAAAGGGUAGAAGUGUCAGAUAUUCAAUGUGUUAAAGAUGCAAAGGUUCCUUUAAUGAGAUUCAAAUUUGAAGGAAUCUCAAUCGAUUUGCCUUAUGCUCAACUUCAAGUAACAACUGUUCCUGAGAAUGUUGAUAUACUCAACUCCUUGUUCUUAAAUGGAAUUGAUGAAACAAGUUGGAAGAGUUUAUCUGGUGUACGUGCAAACAAUAGCAUCCUGCAACUUGUUCCAAAUGUCAAGAUAUUCCAGGAAUUACUGCGAUGUGUUAAAUUAUGGGCAAAGAGGAGAGGUGUAUAUGGUAAUUUAUUUGGAUUUUUUGGGGGUGUACAUUUGGCUGUUUUAUCAGCCUUUAUUUGUCAAAGAAACCCAAAUGUGAGCUUAUUAGCUGCUCUGGUUUCAAUCUUUUUCAAGACUUUUGCUUUUUGGCCAUGGCCGACACCUGUCAUCCUACAAGGAUCAAUGCUACCACAUCAUCACCCAGAAACAAGAUCUUUAAUGCCUAUUCAGCUUCCUAGCAGCCCACAUGAGUAUUGCCAUUCCAAUAUCACAAACAGCACUUUCACAAAAAUUAAAACCGAAUUUCGCAGAGGCUAUUGUCUUAUUCAGGAUUUAUUGAAGCCACAGUUUGAUUGGAGAAACCUAUUUGAACCCUACCCUUAUUCAAAGAUUUACCAUCGGUUUUUAAAAAUUACCCUUUCAUGUUCUAAGAAAGAUGAGCUAGGGGAUUGGGUAGGAUGGGUGAAAUCAAGGUUUCCAGGUCUUCUAGUCAAGUUGGAAUUGCAGAGUUUUUGUGAUCCAAACCCUAGUGAGUAUUUUGAUGAAAGUAUACAAGAUCCGAAUGUUGUUUUUUAUUGGGGAUUAGCUGUUGAUGACUUGGAUCUUGAUUUAGUACAAAAAGAGUUCCAAAAGAAUAUUGGAAAUGGGUUCAAGGGUAUAACAGGAAAUAUGACAUUAUCACUCAUUCAGACUGUCUGAAUUACCUACCUAACCCUACCAUUAUGUUGGGUUUUUGAGUUAAUGAUGGAGUUGUGUUCGAAGGGAGAUACAUAUACAGAUACAUGUAUAGAUACAGAUAAAGAGAGAUACUCUGAUUUUUGAUAUUUUUUGUUUUGUUGUUGAAGAUUAACAUAGGAUUGGAGAGAGUGGGAUUGUAUAGUUUUUUUACAGGGUGGGUUGUAUUGAACAAGAGGGUGAUAGUUUUUAUGGAGGAUACCAUUAAGUGUCC